GGAAAAAAACAGGUUGGAAAAGCAAUAGUACUUUGAAUAGAAGUUGAGCAAUAUUAAUCUAAAAAUUAAAUAAGAAAGAGAAGAAAAGGAAUAUGAAUUAUUCAAUAAAGUUGGUUGGAAACUAUCUAAAUCAGAGAAAUUGCUAGAAGAUCAUGAACAGUUACUGUUGAAAAUGUCAUAAUCUAAAAAGAAUGAACAUCAAUAAAAAUUUACAAAGUAGAGAGAAAGAUAUAAGCAAUCAGAAGAAAAAUAGUAAGAAAAAAUUGAAGAAUGGGAUGAGAAAUUGAAAAGCAUUUAAGAUAGAAUUGAAAAGUUUUAAACCAAAAAAAGUGAAGAAUGGAAAUCUUUCAAGGAACAAAGAAUUUAAAAUAAAAAAGAUCACUUAGAAUUUUUUCAACUUAUUAAGAAGAAAGAAGAGAAACAUUAAACGUAAUAAUUAGACAGUUUAACUAAGAAUUAAAACAAAUUGAAAAAAAGGAAAGACGAAUAAGAAUACAUUCUUACUUAUCAAACUAUUUCUAAAUAGAAGUUUCAAUAGAUUAAUUAAACAUAGAAGGGAGAAUUAAUUAAUUUGCAAUAUUCCUCAUCUAUUUAGUUGCUAGAUAAAUUAAAAAAUCUAGAAGAUGAAGAAACCUUUGCAGAUAUUCAAUAAAAAUACAAGAAGAUUGUAAAAGUUCCAGAAAAAAAACCUGUCGAAUGA